AUGCCAAUUUUUAAAAAUUGCCGUGUACCCGUGACCGUCAAGUUUGCCAAACUUUGCGAACAGUCAUUCUUUGGGGAUGUGAUUCUGACGGGUACGACUGGAAGUAUUGUUCGUGUCGUCGGCAAGGAAGUCAAACAAGUCGCUAGUUUUAUAGUCGAUUGCUUCGGUGAUACCGAUGGAAUUCAGAUCAAACGAGGUCCAGCAGAUGAGAUGAAAGACAUUGAAGAAUUAAUUGCAAAAGAGGCACCGAUUCAGAAAAUGGAAGAGUUCGAGGAUGAGUCUAUGGUUGCGAAAUUCUGCUGUUUCUAACACUUGAUCGAAAACUAUUACAGAAUCAGUCGGAAGAGGAAGAUAUCGCCAAACCCCCAGAGAAGCUUGCUGUUGAAUAA